AUGCAGACAAAGAUGACGGAGUUGGGCAUGGUGGAGUGGCUGGUGGAUCUCCUCGAGGACACGGACAGUCUCUCUGACUACAGCCUCGAAUAUGCGGUUGCGCUUUUUAUGAACCUCUGUCUCCGAACCGCGGGUAAAGCGCGCUGCGUUCCAAUGGCCGACCGGGUGCUCAAAGUUCUAACUGAUCUGAUCAGUCAUGAGAACACCAACAUUCUCUCCUACGUGAACGGGGCCCUUUUUUCACUUCUAACUCGACCGGAAAUACAGGCCACUGCUGAGUCUAUGGACUUGGAGGGUAUUUUGUCCUGUUUCAUGCGAGAGGAUCAACAGGAGCUGAAUCGUCAGUUUGAAUACACAUCAUCAAACAGAUGCAUACGAGUGCGUGAUCACAAUGAAGACGGCGCCUCCGACGAUGACGAAAAUGACGAUGAUGACGACGACGAUGAGGAGGAUGGAGCACAAAUGGAAAGUGAUAUAGAUCGCGGUGAUGAUAUCACAGACAACAAGGAGAAUGCCUUAGAGGGGUCCGUGGUGGGUGAAAAUCUCCUUAGGGAGCGUUUUUUGAAGAAAUCGGCAGCAGGAGCAGUAGAUGGCAAGAAGGCGGGGAGGUCUGGCGGAACCUCCCCACUGUCGCUGCCUCCACCAUCCUCAUCACAGCCGCCUCUGCCAUACGGUGGUCACGUGCGCCACACCGAGAAUGACGCGGUAGUGAGCAACAACGUCGGUCUCCUUCGACGGCCUUCCACACCUAGUAGGAAACGAUUCUCUGGCUCGCAUAUACCCAAGCCCGUCACCACGACCAAGCAACAGACUUCUCGAUUAUCUUCUAAGACACAUAACAGACCCCCACAAGUCGUGGAAGAGACUCCCACAAGAGGUCGAAUCGCAAUGCAGCAUACAGAGCCACAACAAUCGAAUAGUCGUAGAGACUCGAUAUCAACGAUUGAAUCAAAAAAGAAGACAAUCGAGAACCACCCAGAGUACCAGAAGGCCUUCAAUAGCCGACCGAAGCUGCUUCGCACACCGGAGCACAAACGCAUCACCUCUUCAAUGGAUCCUAUCGAUAUACGUGGCGGGGAUAGAGUCUCCAGAUCACGACCUGCAUCAGGUCGAACGAGCAUGGAGUAUAACAACCGGUGA